AUGCAAGGACUCCUCAUGCCAGCCACAGCCGGCAAGGCAGCACAACAUGAUUGGGCUUACCGACCUCAGCACUCGCCCCUUUUCCAGUACUACGAUCCAGCCACGGACAGCCUCCGAGACAUAACCUAUCCAGACGGCUCCCAACCACGGCGCAUAGACAACUACGUACUAGACCCAGAAGACUGGGGGCACACGAACCGCACUCACAAGAGCAAGCGCAGCGGCAGCCCCGUCACCGGCCCGCCGCACGGGACCAAUACCCGCGCCGCCGUGCUGGCCUACGGGGUAGACGACGAGGAGCCGUGCCUCGUCUGCGGGCGCGAGGGCACGAGGUGCUUCGGCGACAGCUGCGUGAGGCUGUUCCGGCGCCGCAUGGAGAGGGUGGUCCUCGCGGGCGAGCUGCGCAUCGAGAGGGCGGAUAAUACGGGCACUGCCUUGGGGUGUGGGCCGUAUGGCGUCUUCGCGCAGGUCGGGAUCCGCGAGGGGAGUGUCGUGGGCGAGUACCUGGGCCGGCUUCACCCGCCCGACAGGCCAAGAAGGCUUGAAGGGGGGUACUUGUAUGCGUUUGAGCUCGAGGGCAUCGCCACGGUGGAUGCGCGGGAGUGCGGGAGCAUCACUCGCUUCGUCAACCACCGCUGCCAGCCUAAUUUGGACGUCAAGUUCAUCACGUACGGCCGCCGCAAAUGCAUCGCAUUCGCUGCCGGUCGCGACAUCACCCCCGGCGAGCAGGUCUUCAUCCACUACGGCGACGACUACUUCCGCGAGUCCAAACCCUGCCUGUGCGACGUCGUGCCGUACCCUCACGUGCCGCCCAAGGGCAGCGAGCCCCCGUGGAGGGUUCGGAGCGAGGCUGAGCAGCUCGAGUCCCGGCCGAAUGAGGAAUGA